UCUAACUCUGAUACAUCUACUAAAUAAUAAUUAACUAACAUAAUCUUGUUGACAAAGGGGAAAGUGAAAGAGUGAAAUGAGAAUUGAGAGAAAUGAAUUAGAUUUUGAUUAAGAUGGUCACUCAAUUGCAUUUGUACUAUUUAUUUUCUCAAUUUAUCCUCAUCAUCAUUGAUAGAUUAUAAUUUGAUGCACAUAUUUUUUUUAUAUAUGAAGAAACUAUCUUGGUGGGGCGGGUAUGGGGAUGGGUAUGGGGCGGGGAGGCUAAAACCAUACCCGCCCCAUACCCAUCAAACUUUUUGCGGGUUUUACCCAUACCCGCCCCAUACCCGGUCAAAGCGGGGAUUCCCCGCGUUGACUGGGUCGGGGGCGGUCGGAUACCCGCGGCCAUGGGUUUGAUUGCCAUCUCUAGUUGACACCGACAUCGAGGGUAUAAAGUGAGUUUUGCGAGAAAAAACGUGAAUAUUUAUCGUGUGCCAGGAAAGACCUUGUAUUUAUUUUCUUUGAGGUGGUUUCUUCUGUAGUUAUUUAUGUUCUUUGUAAUAUAUGGUUUAGCAAUUGGUCAACUCGUUGUAUCUUUUAAAUGUCUAGUGAAAAAAAAAAAACAUAUUUCGGCCAUUUUAGAGAAUGGGGGAGUAUCUCGACAUAAAUAAAAAAAAUUGCAUGCAACAAUACAUAAGUAGGAGACGAAAUCUAUCAUAAACCAAUGCAAGUCUUUGUUUUAUUCAUUGAACACAAGCUCUUUGAAGGGUACACAAAAAAGAGAGGCUCGCUGGUCCAUCCAUAAUUCAGCAAACUAUCGUUAUACACCAUUUUAGAUUUCAUAUUAAUUAGAGGAAUCAAAAUGGGUAUUAGUGAUUGAUGGACUUGAUUUUUGAUGACGAUUAUCUUGUUGUUGUAGCUCCUCACCAUCGCAAUAUUUAUUGCACAACUCAACACAGCGACUGUAAAGCGGCAACAUGCACUGCGCCAAGCAAUUAGCAACACACUCUUGUCGAUCUGCCGAAACCAUUUGUUGUUGGUUCGUCAUUGAACCCAAAAUCACAAACAACACCAUGAUUACACUCAUCUUCUUCAUGGCCUCCAUUUCUCUUAACUAUCUAACUAUCUUUUGUGUAACUUACAAUAAUCUAUGCUAAGUAUUUGAUGUUGCAGCAAACUAGCAUCUCCAAUUCCCUUUUUAUAGAGCAAUUUUGUGUCCCUGUUUUUCAUUCAUUUAUGGAAAUGUAGAGAAACAUUUUCAUAAAAAAAGAAUGAAGAAUCUAUGUGCAAUGAAUAUAUAGAUAUAGUUUCUUUUUUCCUUUCCUCUCUGAUAUUCUCUUUAAUAGUUUCAUUGUAUAUAUACCAUGUACUUGUAUACCAUUUUUUUUUGGGCCAUAUGUAGAAUUGCUAAUCAACUUCCCUUUAUUGUUCUUCUCUCUCUUUCUAAUUUUUGUGUUUGCGGGGUAUACGUAACACCAACUUGCAUCAUCAAUACAUAAUUUAACAAUGUAUUAUCCAACAAACUUAUCUAUAAAAUGUCGUGAUAAGUACGAAACAAACGCAACUAAGACUUAACAAGACCAACUCUAGUGCCAAAAGACGCGAGGAAGGUACGAGUAGUAGCCAUUGCUAGCCGAAUUGUUCCCCAUGUCAUUUUGGUACAUAGUUGGGGUUCAUCGACAUGUUUUGUAUCGUGGAGGAAUGCUUCGUUGUUGAGUUUUGCUUUCUAACGUGGGAAUAUGCUCAAUUUCGAGCUUGGAUUGCAAGCUGAUCCCUUUUGUCUGUUAUUAAGGUUUCUGCCGGCCGUUGGUGAUAAUCACCAAGCUGCUUGCCUGGUGGAGAUCGAUGAUGGGUUGAUGGCUCUGAAAAAAACUAAUCUAGUGACGGUUUUAUCUAUGUUAUAAAAGUGUGCUAGAGGUGUAGAUAUGUCAAACUCCCAAGUUGAUAGUGAAAUUUUUGUUGUAAUCGUGGAUUAAGACUUAAUAGUCAGUCUCUAGUUUAAUGAAAACUUUGUUGUACAUGUAGUUUCACAUCUAAUAUCCAUUUCCAGCCUCAAUUGAGAGAAGGGUAGAAAAUAAUGUGUUAUAUACUCGAGGAAUGAGAUAUCGUGAUGUCCAUAUUACUCGUCACGUACAAUCUUCAUCCAAACACGACCUUUAAGAUGAGAACUCGUCUCGUUAAUUAUUGACCGUCGUCACUCUCGACACACGUAAACUCGAUCACAAGCGUUGCUUAUAAGAUUAUAAACAUCAGUAGCGGAUGCAAGGGAGGGCAGCAUCCACGGGUCACGGUCCAUCCCUUCUUUGGGUUUCGGAACUAAUAUUGCAAACGAGACUUGAUUUCUUCUAAUCCUCCCCAUCUUUUUUCAGACCAUUGCUAGUCAAAUUUGGCCCAGUACUCGUCUAUAUCCUGAAGGCUGGAUCCACCGCUACUAAACCUAGACUAUGACAUGUAACUGAUUAGCAAAGUAUAUCCAUGAUCAAGAUUUCUAACACCCCAUAUCUCCUACGCCAUGGACAACGGGUUAGAUGAUGAUAAAGAUGUCCAUUCUCCAAGUUGGGGUGGUGGUAUUCACUCACAUGUCUUCUUCUAUUCAACACGAGACAAGAGUUGUUGAAGGCAAAGACAAGAAACAUGCAAUAGCAAAAUAGCCAAAAAUUGGUCGCGUCCCCAUCUUAGGGCUUUAUUUAGUUUCAACCCCUAUGGGCCCAACUCCCCAAAAAAAGCCUAACAUAAAUGUCCAUCGCCCCGUGACUCGUAGUCGGGCCCCACAGCCCGUAACACAAUCAACCCACCAUCCCCGGCCUGCUUUAGUAUUGUUAUUGGGUCAAUUGCGUAACGACCCCUAAACUUUGGCACUACUAACAAAUUUACCACCGAACUAUGAUUUUCUCGGUCAUAAUUAUUCUUACAAGUGUGGCGAUAGAAAAAAAAUCAAUGAAAAGGAGGAAUUUUAGCUGUUACGAACUAAUAUGUACUCGUAAUGCACGAUUAAAUCCCCUAAUUCUAAACCUUAUAUUCAAUUAACAAAUAGCGAUCCUUUUGUUUGUGAUACGCAUAGUUUAGUGACCGAUUUGUGACGAAUCUCGUAGUUUAAUGACCACUAUAAACAUUUUUAACCAUGGGGGAUGUGGGUGUCCAAUCCAUCCCCUAGCUUUCUCCGCCACGUCACUUCCUCAAUUCCUUUCCCACCAAUGGCACGAUCCGUAAUUCUGACCUCUCACGAGGCUAAACAGUUAACCCUAUGCCUCCGGUAUACGCUUAAAAUCGCCGUGGUUAAUUCUCGACUCCUCUCCCUAUAAAUAAAUCCCUACCCGCGCUCUCAACUGUCAUCUCUACCUUCACCGAAACUCAAAUCAUCGAUUCAAUUCCCCCCCCACCAAAAAUCCCCAAAUUCAUCGAAAUCCCUAGAUCGCACAAACCAUGAAGAAGCCUCAGAUCCUCGCGAUCGUCCUCGCUCUCACCGUCGCCGGCGCGGCGUCGCUCGGCGGGUGGACCAAGAUCGAGCCCGAACACCUCAAGGAUCAGGACGUGGCGGAGGCCGCGGCGUUCGCCGUCGACCAGCACAACAGGGAGGGCGCAGAGAACCUGAAGCUGGUGACGGUGGACUCCGGCGAGUCCCAGGUCGUCAACGGCAAGCGGUACAGGCUGAACCUGACCGUCUCCGACUCCGGCAAUGCCGACGCGCUGUCGAAGUACGAGGCGAUCGUCUGGGUGCAUCCCGGCGGCAAGAGUCCCAAGGAGCUUACCUCGUUCAAGAAGCAGACGCCGUGAACGAGUCCGUAUAAUUCCGGCCUCUUCCGGUAGUUUCAUCGGGUUAAUUUGGAUCUUGUGAUCGGUGAUUGUAUAUUAAUGUAUGAGGAAACAGAGGGAUAUGGAGUAAUGAACUGAUGAUGAUGAUGAGAUGUGUGGUUUAUGGAUCAGAAUAAGAAGAAAAAAAAAAGGACUAUUCGGUUUUAGUUUUACCCUCUUCUUCAAUUUCGAGCUUUUGCAGACAAAUCGAAAUUGGCCGUCGGAGAUUGAACGACGGCUGUUUAUUCUCCGAUGAGCUACCGGUGGCACCUGCCUACCUUUGGGCUCCUGAAUUGGGCCUUGGAUAAAAUUAAUGGAUUGGG